AUGUUCCUCAGCGUGGUGCGUCGCUCAGCUGGCCGGGUGGCCACAGCACCCAACGGAGGAGCAGCUCAAAGCGGCAGGAAAGGGACAGUCAGGUCGCUGGUGGGAAGCUCCCGGCCCGCGCUGGCCAACAUCCUGAUCGGGGACUCCACGGACCCGGUGUGCGAGUCCGUCUUCCGCAGCCGCGGGCAUGCCGUGGACUUCAAGCCUGGUCUUUCGAAGGAGGAGCUGCUGUCCAUCAUCGGCAAGUAUGACGGGCUGGUGGUGCGGUCGGGGGUACAGGUGGACGAAGACCUCAUCACCGCCGCCAAGAACAUGCGCAUCGUCGGCCGUGCGGGCACAGGGGUGGACAACAUCAACGUCCCGGCGGCGACGUCGAAGGGAGUGCUGGUGAUGAACACUCCCGGCGGGAACACCGUGUCUACGGCCGAGUUGACGAUGUCCCACAUCCUGGCCCUUGCGAGAAACAUCCCUCAGGCCGUGUCCUCCAUGAAGGAGGGGCGCUGGGACAGGAAGAAGUACACGGGGACCGAAUUGAUGGGGAAGACGAUCGGGGUUGUGGGUCUCGGACGCAUCGGCAGGGAGGUGGCGACGUGGUGCAUGAACUUCGGCAUGCACGCGGUAGGGUACGAUCCCAUCCUGACGGACGAUGCCGCGCUCGCCGCGGGGAUAGAACCGGUGUCGCUCGAUGAGCUGUUCGCGUGCUCGGACUUCAUCACCCUGCACACGCCCCUGACCCCGGAGACCAAGGGCCUGAUCGGCAGGAGUAACCUAGACAAGUGCAAGAAGGGGGUCAGGAUCAUCAACUGCGCGAGGGGGGGUAUCAUCGACCCCGUUGCUUUGGUGGACGCUCUCAACCUGGGAAAGGUGGCCGGAGCGUCGCUGGACGUGUACCCGAGCGAGCCUCCGCCGCCCGAGCUGAAGGAGCUCGUCACGCACCCCAAGGUCGUAUGCUCGCCCCACCUGGGGGCGUCGACGCAAGACGCUCAGGUGAGAGUGGCGAAGGACAUCGCGAUCCAGAUGUGCGACGUCCUCGACGGCGGGGAGUACGUGGGGGUGCUCAACGCGCCGAACAUGGCCGCCGCGCGCAAGUCAAAGCUCACGGCGUACGUGUCUCUCGGGGAGAGGAUGGGGGCACUCCAGGCGCAGCUGCUGGGACAGGGGAAGGGGACUCUUCACGGCAAGAACCUGGGAGUGCCGGAAAAGGCGGGGCCCAUGUCCGCCGCUGUCAUCAAGGGAGCGCUCAACCUCCUUCUCGCCCAGGAGGUGAACUACGUUAACGCUGCUGCCGUGGCGAAGGACACGGGUCUGGCGAUCGAGGUGGCGUUUUCGGAGCGGGACCCUAAGGGUUACCUCAACGGGCUCAGCGUGGAGUUCGAGAUCGACGGCGUUCUCAACGGCAGAAGGACCAUGACCGGAACGUGCUUCGGAACGGACACGCGAGUGGUGGACGUGGACGGCCUCGAGAUCGACUUCAACCCCAGCGGACACAUGCUCAUGUUCAACAACCCGGACUCUCCGGGCAUGCUCCGAGCCGUGGCCGCUAUCCUCGGCGACCAGGGGAUCAACAUCGCCUCCUUCGCGCUCGGCCGUGUCCGCACCGGAGGCGUGGCGAUGAGCUGCCUCAACCUCGACACCCCUUGCACGGAGGGCAUGCUGGAGGAGAUCCGAAAGAUUCCUGACAUCCGCAACGUCGUUCAGGCCAGCAUCGACAGCAGAGAAGACCCUUCGUUCCGCAUGGACACGGACGAGGCCUCCCAGGGACAAGUCUACGGAACCCCCAUGCCCCCGGAUAAGCCGCAGCACCCGGAGUUUUCGUCUGGUCCGUGCAAGAAGCGCCCAGGAUGGUCGGCGUCGGAGCUCAAGUCGGAGUCGCUGGGCCGCUCUCACCGUUCCAAGGUCGGGAAGGCUCGUCUCAAGUACGCCAUCGAGGAGUCCAAGCGCAUCCUCGGUAUCCCGGACGACUACCUUCUUGGCAUCGUACCCGCUUCGGACACCGGGGCGUACGAGAUGGCGAUGUGGUCCAUGCUUGGACCCCGCGACAUCGACUCUUGCCACUGGGAGUCCUUCGGAAAGGGUUGGCACGGGGACGCAAUGACCCACUUGGGGCUCAAGGACCAGGUCACGGAGCACACGGCAGACUACGGGCACCUGCCCGACUUGAGCCAGACCAACCCGGACUCGGACAUCCUCUUCACCUGGAACGGAACCACAUCGGGGGUUAAGGUACCUAACGGAGACUGGAUAUCGGACAAUCGGACAGGGUUGACGUUCAACGACUGCACGUCUGCGGCGUUCGCCAUGGAUAUUCCGUGGAACAAGUGUGACGUGAGCACCUACUCGUGGCAGAAGGUUCUCGGCGGGGAGGGUGCGCACGGUGUGAUGGUGCUGUCGCCAAGAGCAGUGGAGAGGCUCGAGUCCUUCACACCUGACAGACCGUUGCCCAAGAUCUUCCGCAUGGUGAAGAAGGGCAAGGUUGACCGUUCGAUCUUCGACGGAUCGACCAUCAAUACGCCUUCCAUGCUGUGCGUGGAAGACUACAUCGAUGCCCUGCAGUGGUGCGACACCGUGGGCGGCCUGAACGGCCUCAUCAAGCGAUCAGAGGCGAACGCAAGAGUCAUCAACAAUUUCUGUGGCGAGCGCGAUUGGAUCAGGAACCUUGCCCAGGACCCGGCCACAGCUUCCAACACGUCGGUGUGCCUCACGCUGGACCUCGAGAAGGACCAGGUGAAGACCAUGGUAGGCCUCCUCGAGACAGAAGGAGUAGCGUUCGACGUGGGCAGCUACAGAGACGCGCCGGCGGGGCUCCGCAUAUGGUGCGGCGCAACCGUCGAGAAGGAAGACGUGGAGGCAUUGAUGCCGUGGCUGGAGUGGGCUUACACUGAGGCCAAGAGCGGCUAAGUAGGGCAGUAGGAUAGCGACUUGAGUAGGCUAGCACAGAUCGACAUACGGUAAGGGCGGCAUAGCAGCAGGGUGGGUUCUUGUUGUUCGGCUGGUAUAUCAAGGCUGGAACAGGGUACCGGGACCUACCGAGGCCGGUGGGAAUUGUAUGGGUGGCCUAACGGGAGGCUGUAAGGUUGCGGCGGAGACUAGAUGGGCAUGGGAGUGACUGAGCGAGGGGUGGGGGGUUGGUCCAUGCGCCCUGCCAUUUUGCGACGAGGAUACCUAGGAUACCUGCAACCUGGAUCGCUGGAUGGGCGAGUGAUACAUAUAGCGCAGCUGCUUGACACGUCGAAAUCCCGUCCCUUGCCCCAUAUAUUUUCGAGGCAAGAAGCUUGUUGAAUUUGUCAAUCGAUUCGGAUGACAUAGUCGGGGUGUACGUCGUCUGCCUGUGUAGUGACGAUGUCUUGGUCGCUUUGGGUUAUGUUAAGUGGGUUUAGGCGUUGACCGGCCUGUUGCUCCAGGAGGGUCGAUGUGGAAGGUUUUUGCCCUAGCCGUCUUCUAGGUGUUGGUCAGGUCUCGAUGUGCAGACGGGGGAGGGGGGACGAGGGUCUCCAAAUUUUGCAGGGUUUAAUAGUAAAUUGAUUUUUGUUGCAUUCCGUCUUGCGCCACGUGAUAGUGUCUUUGCCGCAGGGCGGGAUCGAUCUUGUAGGUAGCGUGCCAGAUGGCCUAAAUGCUUUCGAGGGUUGUUGCGUGCCUCCUUUUUUGUCCGGUUCAGGUUUUGAAGCGCACGCGAAGUUUCUGGCAAAGGGUCAUGAGGGAGGUGGGGGGGCACGGAGAGGCGGAGGCUAUCGCCAACGUCGACGGACAAGAACAUUCGUUGCGCAAUUUGGUGUUGCAGCCGUGUUUUCACGCAAUUUGGCCCCCGGCGCGGUCUGCAGGCUGAAAACAUGCCAGGACACGAGACGACGGCGGCAACGAUGUUACCGAUUCCCGCUGGGCUAAAUAGAAUCUUGCUUCUGCCGCGGCGGGAC